AUGUGUUUGCAAGAACCAAUCUAUCUCAACCAUCAUCAUCACCAACAACAACAACAACCUUCGUCCUCCUCCUCCGCCGCCGCAUCUUUCAUCGGCGGCGAAGAGAUUGUUCGAAACGAGAUGGUUUUCAGUCCACCAACGGGUCUUCAAAAUCUCAACGGAGACGUUCCCGUUUCGAGCAGCGAGUUAACCUUCCGCGAUGGUCAGGGACUAUCUCUAAGUCUCCUCGGCACUCAGUUCUCUCUUCCUUCGUUUCACUAUCAGCAAUACCAAUCGGGUUUCACCACAAAUCCUCCAAUCUCGGUUCAGGAAACGCCGCUGUUUAGCAAAGAGAUGUUGCUGUUGGGUCAAUCUGAUCCUUCCUCCGGUUACGGUGGAGUCUACAACAGUUACAAUAUGAGCAGCGUUUUGCGUUCUCGGUAUCUUAAACCGGCUCAGGGUUUGCUCGAUGAAGUGGUUAGUGUCGAGAAAGAGCUAAACCAGAUGAGGAGGAAGAAGAAAGGUGAAACCUUUAACAAUAGUGCAAAUGAGACAGAAGGUGGAGGAGGCUUUGGUGGUGAGAUAUCAAUAGAGUUAUCUACAAUUGAACGACAAGAGCUUCAAAGCAAGAAGGCCAAGCUUUUAACAAUGGUUGAUGAGGUAGAUAAAAGAUAUAACCAAUAUUACCAUCAAAUGGAAGCAUUAGCUUCAUCAUUUGAGGUAGUAGCUGGAUUUGGAUCAGCUAAGCCUUACACAUCGGUGGCUCUCAACAGAAUCUCUUGCCAUUUUUGCUCUCUUCGCGACGCGAUUAAAAAACAUAUUCAGGUUAUCAGAGAGAAGCUUAAGGAGAAAGGAGGAGAGUUGUCAUUGGAUGAGCAACAAGGAGGAGAGAGGAUACCGAGAUUGAGAUCCCCGAAAGAAUCUGAGAAAAUGAUGCUUGCAAAGCAGACAAGACUGUCCAAAAACCAGGUUGCUAAUUGGUUCAUAAACGCGAGAGUUCGUCUAUGGAAACCAAUGAUAGAAGAGAUGUAUAAAGAAGAGUUUGGUGAUGAUGCCUCUGAGUUACUAACUUCCAAGUCUCCCAACAGCACCAACCAAGAAGACUCCUCGCAGCAGCAGCAGCCGGAGAACACAACAAACGUUGCCUUCUCAUCAGAACCUAAACCAGACUGUACUUCAGCCAAUGAAGAUGACCCACAACUACAUCAGAUGAACCGGUCAGCUGAUUAUGAUAGUCUAGUGAACUAUCACGGGUUUGAUGUUGAUGAUUACCGUUACAUAGACGGAAACAACCAGCAGGAGAGUAGAUUCUCCAAUGGCCAUCACUUGCACGACUUUGUCGUUUGAACAGAGGACAUGAUGUCUUGCAUUUUUAUAGAUAGGCAUAUAACACACACAUCUGUGGCUUUUGUGUAUAGAGUAGUACACUUGUAACACAAGUAUUUGAUUAUGUGUGUAUAAGAUUUACGGUAGUGUGAAGAAUUAUGAACAACCGCUUCAUUUUACAACGGAGAUUAACUUUUUGACUUUAA